AUGGAAGAGCAGGUAGCAAACGCCAUAGAAAUCGCUGGGAACCCUACCUCCGACAGCACCCUCAAAGCGCAAGCCUUCGACUACCUUAACCAGCUCCGCACCGAUCCCUCAGGCUGGCAGGUCUGCCUUUCGCUCUUCACCAAAGACCCGCCACAAUCUCACUUCAUCCGCCAUGUGUCGUUAGAGGUUGUCAAUAGUGCUGCCCAGGCUGGCUUAAUUGACCUCCGGUCGCUUGGGUUCGUCCGGGAUAGGCUGCUGGCGUAUCUGCGGCAAGUCUACGGCCGGGAGGGUUCGAAUCCUGACCCGCCAAACAUUCAGAAUAAGAUUGCCCAGACCAUCACCUUUCUCUUUUCCGCGCUCUACGGAAAUGGCUGGGAGUCUUUCUUUGACGACCUCCUGAGCCUCACACACAAGUCACCUUCGAGCACGACCCGGGAUAACCCGCUCGGUAUCAUCUUCUACCUCCGGGUUAUUAACUCCAUACACGAUGAGAUCGGUGAUGUACUAGUUUCUCGGUCUCGAGCGGAGCAGGAGCGGGCGAAUGCGCUGAAGGAUUUGAUUCGGGUCAGGGAUAUGCAGAAGAUCGCUAGUUCGUGGCAAGAGAUAUUAUCGCAGUGGAUGGAUGGCGAUGAUCUCAUCGUUGAGAUGUCUCUCAAGGCCGUUGGGAGCUGGGUGAGCUGGAUUGAUAUCGGUCUGGUGGUAAAUCAGACGAUGCUUGACCUGCUUUUCCAGCAACUUGGCCGUGCGCAAAAGGCGGAGCUCCGAGAAGGCGAGGACAAAGUGCGGGAUGCGGCCGUUGAUGUCUUUACGGAGAUUAUUGGUAAGAAGAUGAAGGCCGAGGACAAGAUUGAUAUGAUCGCCUUCCUGAACCUGGAUAAUGUGGUGGGCCAGAUCUCGUCCAGCCCUCCGCUGUACGCCAACCGAUUCACCUCCAAAUACGACACCGAUCUCGCAGAAACGGUUGCAAAGCUGGUCAACACCACGGUGACUGAUAUCGUACGCGCUUUAGAGCAGGAAACAGUGUCGGCGCAGUGCAAGGAGAAGGCCAACGGUUUGUUACAGGUCUUCCUUCCUCACAUCCUGCGGUACUUCUCCGAUGAGUACGACGAAGUUUGCUCCACUGUCAUCCCGUGCGUGAGCGAUUUGCUUUCAUACCUGCGAAAGAUGGCCAAAUCCAACCCCUCCAUUGCUUCCCAGCAUUCAUCUAUACUCCUUCCGAUCCUCAAGGCGAUCAUCCAGAAAAUGCGGUACGACGAAACCGCCUCCUGGGGCGACGACGACGAUCAAACCGACGAGGCUGAGUUCCAGGAGCUUCGCAAGCGCCUUGGAACCCUGCAGCAGAUUGUCGCGGCCGUUGAUGAGAGGCUCUACAUGGAAGCAGUCUCAGAAGUCGUGGCCACUACAUUCGAGAACAUGCGCCAAUCGGGAGCUCAGCUGGACUGGAGGGACUUGGAUCUUGCAUUGCAUGAGAUGUACCUGUUUGGAGACUCUGCUACUAAGAGUGGAAGUCUCUACAACAAGGGGCAGCCUAGCGGCCCGUCUGCGGAGAGGCUGGUUGAGAUGAUGCUGCGCAUGGUCGAGUCGGACAUCCGAUCCUUUACCCAUCCGGCAACGCAACUACAGUACAUGGAAAUCUGUGUUCGCUACAGCUCCUUUUUCCACACCCAUACUCACUUGAUCCCCGGUGUCCUCGAGAGCUUCCUUCAACUUGCCCAUCACCCAAUGAAAAAGGUCAAAACACGAGCGUGGUACUUGUUCCAGCGCCUGGUUAAACAACUGCGAGCUUAUAUUGACAACGUGGCCCAGACCGUCGUCGAAGCCUUGGGCGAUUUACUGGUUAUUCAAGCCGAGUUGCCCUCGGAAAGCUCCGACGGCGACGAAAUGUCCUCGGAGGACCAUGAAGGGUCUACCGAUGCUGUUUUUAACAGUCAACUUUACCUAUUUGAGGCCGUCGGUAUUAUCUGCUCGAUUCCCACCAUACCCGCGGACAAGCAAGUUCUCUACGCGCAAUCCGUGCUGUCUCCUGUGUUUGUGGAUAUGGAAAAGAACCUGGGCUCGGCCAAAUCGGGAGACGCGCGAGCCGUGCUUCAGAUACACCACGACAUCAUGGCGCUUGGUACACUCGCAAGAGGCUUCUCAGACUGGCAGCCCGGCACUAGCUCCCCUGCCACGCAGCUCCCAGCGCCCGAGGUCUCAGAGGCGUUCAGCCAGGUGUCGGAAGCCACCCUUGUCGCUUUGGAGUCCCUUAAGGCUUCAUUUGACAUUCGGACAGCGUCUCGAUUUGCGUUCUCGCGACUGAUCGGGGUUCUUGGGUCCCGAAUCCUCCCCCAGCUUCCCCGAUGGAUUGAUGGUCUGCUGACCCAAACAUCGUCGCGGGACGAGAUGGCGCUGUUCCUGCGCCUGCUCGACCAGGUUAUUUUCGGCUUCAAGGGCGAAAUCUACAAUAUCCUUGAUGCGCUGUUGAUGCCAUUCCUGCAACGGGUGUUUAGCGGAAUCGCGGACCCAACCUCGGGUACUGAUGACGAGAUCCACCUGGCGGAGUUGAAGCGGGAGUAUCUCAAUUUUUUGCUCGCCGUUCUGAACAAUGAUCUGGGUGCUGUCAUCAUCAGCGAACGCAACCAACCCAUGUUCGACACGGUCAUUACAACAAUAGAGCACUUUGCCAAAGACGCCGAGGAUUUCACGACCGCCAAGAUGGCGUUUAGCGUGCUGUCUAGGAUGGGCAGCGCCUGGGGUGGUCCGGACAUCGCACCAGCAGCCUCAAACGGCCCCUCCACUUCGCAAGUCGCGCUUCCAGGUUUCGGCCAGUUCAUGAUUACCCGCUUCUCUCCUCUAUGCUGGGCGCUCCCCGCCACCCCGUCUUUCAACGCAAAGGACGCGCAAGCAAAACAGGUUCUCGCUGAAGCAGGAGGUCUGCAGCGGACCAUCUACAGCAAGAUGGGGAUGGAGUAUAUCGAAUACCUGCGGGACCGCGAGCUACCUGGCAUGGGCAUGGGAGCAGACCUGGUGGAAGAGUACGUGGGGACACUGAGCCGGCUGGACCUGAGGGGGUUUCGGCAGUUCUUUCCGCAAUUCAUCCAACGUUUGAGCGCAUGAGCAUUCCCGUCAUCUAUACACAACCGUUCCACCUAACAUUUCCUCGAUUUACUUCCCAUUUCCCUUGGUUUAUUUCCCCGCUUCCAUUCUAUUAGAUAUCCCCUCGGUUUGGUUUGAUGACUGAUGUUUCCCUUUUCCUCUCUCCCCAAUCUCUCUGUCGGCGGCCCACCUAUCGUACUGAUUCUCGUACCUCUGACGCACGGACUGCCAUGAUCGAUGAAUACUUGGGACUCGGAUAAAAGGUAUAUAGUUUGGGAGGCAUUUGCAUGUAUUGGCGUUGAUGUGCAGAGUAUUUCUCAGCGUGAGCACGAGAAAGCAGAUAAGUAGGAAAAGAAGAAUAGGAAUGUAUGUAGUAA